AUGGUGGUCAAGGCCAACGUGCAGAAGGAGGACGAUCUGACGUACGAUCUGGGCAACUUGGCGGCGUUCGACACGCACCCGUUCGCCUACCAGAACGAAAAGGAGCUCGCUCUCCAUGCUCGUGAGAAUGUGCAACUGCUGAUCAACCACAUCUUCGAGUUGCCUCGCCAAAUGUCGGAUAUGGGUCCUCUGGCCCAAUUGCCGGUCCCUGAGACGGUAAUUCCGCGCGAAAAGCCUCUGCCGAAGCCCAAGGUGGAGACGAAAUGGGAGAAAUUCGCCAAGGAGAAGGGCAUCGACAAGCGCAAGAAGAGCCGCAAGGUCUUCGACGAGGCCACUGGAGAGUGGAGCCACACGUGGGGAUACCAACGUGCUGGAGACGAUAUGAAGGAUUGGGCUGUGGAGAUGAAGGAGGGCGACCGGGAGGACCCUUGGACCAAGCGCAAACAGGAUAAGCGCGCCCGUGUGGAUAAGAAUCUGCGUGCACAGGCUAACAACCUGAAGCAGGGACGUGGCAAACAACUGGCCGGUAUUGCCGGUCGUACCCCUACGGGUAUCCCAGUGGAGCUCAUGAACACGGAAGACACGAAGGCCAAGCAACGCGGCAAGGAAGGCACCAGUAAGACCUUGGAAAAAGUGCAGUUUUCUACGGCGUCGAUGGGCAAAUUUGACAAGAUGCGCGAGGGAGAAUCCGAGCGGAAGGUCAAGGGCAAACGCAACAAUUUCUUGCCUACCACGGGCGCUGAGACGACCGAGAAGGAACGGAGCAUGAACGCUCUGAAGCGAGUGCUGGGGCGGGAGGAGAAUGCCGGCAAGAACAAGGGCAAAACGCUCGAUGAGGAGGAAGAGGAAGGUGGCAAACGCAAGAAAAAGGGCAAGAAACUUAAGAACUUUACCAAGGGAGCCACCAAGAAGCGACGGACCAAGUGA